AUGUUCGGAGGGAGCUCCGAGCGAGAUUCUCCACCCCAACUCUCCAACACCGCCCCAGGAGAAGUGCCCAUGUCUGUCACCGUGGGUAACCCCGAGCCAGGCCCUGGAUCGUCGUCUCAGGACAAUGCCAAAGACACGAGUACCUCUCUCCAACCACACGCUGUAGAGCCUGCCGAACCUGCGUCUACGACCGUCGCAUCCACUCAAUCCCCUGAGAGCCAUUCUGCGACUAACACAGCCGACUCGAUCAAGAAGCAACAUUUGCUGGUGCCCAGCUCGUCGCGAUCGUCAUCGAAGGCUGACGGACAAUCUACACUGGAUAACGCGCAGGAUGCCGCGCACGAUGACUCGGAGAAUACGCUCCGGGGUUCCAGAAGAAGCAUUCUGAAGGGCCGAAGGGACAGGAGUAGAGGGAGCAGCAAGAGAUCUUGGCGGCCGACUCAGGGGGCAUCAAACAUGGGAGAACAGAAGGCCGCGACGAAUUCUGACACGCGGGAUCCUCCUAAGUCGGAUAUCAAACCCAAGGUCUCGCACAGACUGUUCGCCUUUUUGAGCUGUUGCUCGUCCUCUGAUGUCGAUCCGGACGAAUCUGCUAUCCCGCCGAAGAAGACCACUCGGCGGCCUUCAAUCCCAAACACCCAGCCUACACCGGAAAAAGCCGAUCUUGAUGCCACCAAUGCUCCGAGUCGAAAUGAGACUAAGGAGCCCAAUCUCUUCGGCGAAGAAACGCCUAACUUGACAUUGUCGUCGAACCAAUCUCCUCCCUCUCUGCCCCAGGUGGAGGAGCAGCAGCGAUUGGCGGAUAUCUCAGAGAAAGGCACGCAAUACGAUGGCCCUGUGUCCUCCAAACAACCCGAGCCCGAUCAUGAAUCACUCUCCGAAAAGCAUCAUAUUGAGACGUCUAGGCCUGACGAGUCCCUUCCCGUCCAACCCGCUGUUGUAGUGGCCGCGGAGUCGGAGAUGGCCAGCGAUGUCGCGGCCAAAGGGAAUGAACCUGAUGCCGCAUUGCCACCACAUACCCCUGAAAAAACCGUGGAAUCUGAUGAAGCAGUUGCCGAAACAUCUUCAGUCGAAAAAAACGAGGCAAACUCGUCCCAUGAAGAGGAGACCAAUUUACCGGCAGUCAUGCCCCCGCCGCCGCCACUCCCGCAGGUUUUUCCAGGGAAGCAAAUACAGAUAGCGACACCUGAAAGACACCAGCAAUGGCUGCUGCCACCUCCAUUACCGCAUCUGCGGGAUCGAAAGUGUUUGGUUCUUGACUUGGAUGAAACGCUGGUCCACAGCAGCUUCAAAGUUCUUGAACGUGCUGAUUUCACCAUACCUGUCGAGAUUGAAGGCCAGUAUCACAACAUCUACGUGAUCAAGCGACCUGGAGUCGACCAGUUCAUGAAACGUGUGGGAGAGUUGUACGAAGUUGUUGUCUUCACUGCCUCUGUUUCUAAGUACGGUGAUCCUCUAUUAGAUCAACUUGACAUCCAUAAUGUUGUUCACCAUAGACUGUUCAGAGACAGUUGCUACAACCAUCAAGGAAACUACGUCAAGGAUCUAUCUCAAGUUGGUCGUGACCUCCGAGAGACAAUCAUUAUCGAUAAUUCUCCCACUUCGUAUAUCUUUCAUCCCCAACAUGCGAUACCCAUCAGCAGCUGGUUCUCUGACGCCCACGAUAACGAGCUUCUUGAUUUGAUUCCCGUCCUCGAAGACCUUGCCGGCGAACAAGUGAAGGACGUCAGCCUGGUCCUGGAUGUUGCCAUGUAA